AUGCUCUCUCUUAUCACACCUGCCGCUUCCAGCAGAGGUCGCUCGGCUUCUUGUUCUUUGGCAAGACGGAUAGGUGCUUCUAGUAUCGCUGGACCAUCUCGCUCGCCGCUACAGCAACAAGCACGACAAAGCAAUCGUCUAAUCCACACAGUCAAUCCGAUCACAAAGCGUUCUUCGAUCAUGUCCAUCGCACAGAACAGUAAAUCAACCCUAUUGUCAGGACGAAUUGCGUCUGCUUCUUUUCAUUCAACAUCCAUUGCAUCUGUCACUUACCGUCAAGUGAGAAGAGGUGCACGUAAACCACAUAGACCAACACCAAACCGAGUUCCUGCAUUGGAAUCACGUCCGUUCGUAAGAGGCGUUUGUGCACGUAUCUUUACUACAAAACCUAAAAAGCCAAAUUCGGCCGUUCGUAAAUGCGCAAGAAUUCGAUUAACAAACGGUAGAACGGUAACUGCUUAUAUUCCAGGAGAAGGUCACAAUUUACAAGAACAUAGUGUAGUUCUCAUUCGUGGAGGUCGUGUAAAGGAUUUACCUGGUGUUCGUUAUCAUCUUGUCAGAGGUGCUUUGGAUUUCUCGGGUGUGGCUAAUCGAACCACUUCUCGUUCAAAGUACGGAGCCAAGAAGCCAAAAGAAGCUGGAGCAUAA